AUGGCCAUUAACAGGUCUGUACAAUUGGACAUUGCGGUGGUCCCGGCACUCACUGACAUCUCCCGACCGAACAGCGAGCCGAAGCUCCGCAGAGAGAUCCCCGAACGGUCAUCCGGCCCGAAGAAACCGACCCCGACAACCAAAAAGGACGAUGCCCCCGCCGUCAUCGACACCGACUCCGACUCGCACGCCGGGUAUGAGUUCGGCGGCCCGCUGGGCGUCGGCGCCAUGAUGAUCGGCUUCCCCUGCCUGAUGUGGUACAUGUUCGUCGGCGCCAUCUGCUACAAUGGCCGUCUUCCACUACCGGAAGAGGGUCAAUCCUUCCCCGAUUUCGCCAAACACAUCGCCGCCCUGGCCUACACGCACGCUUUCCCGCACGCCCGCGCCUGGGCCAUCUACUGGACCUUCCUCGUGCUCGAAGGGCUGGGCUACCUCUACCUGCCGGGCGUGUACGGCAAGGGCAAGUACCUGCCGCAUCUGGGGCGGCAGCUGGACUACUACUGCUCGGCCGUGUGGUCGUGGUACAUCACGAUCGGCGCGGCGCUGGCGCUGCACUACUCCGGGGUAUUCAAGCUGUACACGCUGCUCGACGAGUUCGGGCCGCUGAUGUCGGUGGCGAUCUUCAGCGGCUUCAUCGUGUCGGCGCUGGCGUACGUGUCGGCGCUGGCGCGCGGCGCGCAGCACCGGAUGACGGGGAACCACGUGUACGACUUUUUCAUGGGGGCGGAGCUGAAUCCGCGGCUGCUGGGGUGGCUGGACUUCAAGAUGUUUUUUGAGGUGCGGAUCCCGUGGUAUAUUUUGUUUUUGCUGUCGCUCGGCACGGCGCUCAGGCAGCAGGAGCAGCUGGGGUAUGUGUCGGGCGAGGUGUGGUUCAUCUUGAUGGCGCACUUCUUGUAUGGGAAUGCGUGUGCUAAGGGCGAGGAGCUGAUCAUUACGAGCUGGGAUAUGUACUACGAGAAGUGGGGCUUCAUGCUGAUCUUCUGGAACCUGGCUGGCGUGCCGCUGACGUAUUGUCACUGCACUAUCUACCUGGCUAACCAUCAUCCGGAUGAGUACCACUGGAACCGCGGUGUGCUGGUGGCGUGGUUCGCUGCGUACCUGUUUGCGUACUGGGUGUGGGACACGGGCAACAGCCAGAAGAACAUGUUCAGGGCUAUGGAGCGUGGAUCAGCGCUUAACCGCAAGACGUUCCCCCAGCUGCCCUGGAAGUACGUCAAGAAUCCUCAAGUCAUCAGGACCAAUACGGGGGAUAAUAUCAUGUGUGAUGGGUGGUAUGGCAUGGCACGCAAGAUCCAUUACACCUGCGAUUGGUUUUUCGCCUUCUCGUGGGGCCUGAUCACGGGCUUCAACUCGCCAUUCCCCUGGUUUUACUCCAUCUUCUUCACUUGCAUGAUCAUUCACCGCGCCAAGAGGGAUAUCGAGAGGUGUCGUGAGAGGUACGGCGAGGCUUGGAAGGAGUACGAGCGCCGCGUGCCGUAUCUCUUUAUCCCGUACGUCUUUUGA